GCGCAGUAGCGCCACUUACCUUGAAGAAGAGGGAGCCAUUGGCCGCCAUAGUCUAUGGCGGAACAAUCGCUGAACGUUCGCGUAGUCCCAGCAUCUUCCUGGAACCGCCUACCCCUGACCCCACACAUACCAACUUCGGUCCUGGAUGGGGGCGACCCAUGUCGCCCAUGGACUUGCCGCCAGAAAAGUCUCCGAGCAGCACUGCUAGCAAAUCACCGCCCAGCACCAAGUCGCGUCUGCGACCCAAAUUGCACAUCCCCUUGGGUCGCCUGGGUCGCUCUACCUCCUCGGACACCAAGGAGAGCCUUCGGCUGCGCGAAGAUGUCCAUGUGCAUGUGGAGAACCCAGUGUUUAGUAGCGAGAACCUGCGGCAAAAUAACUUUGAUGCAUUCUUUGAGGCCCGAGAGCCAGUCAUCAAGUUGCAGCCACGAACUCCAAACACGGCGCCGGCAGACGGUAGCGGAUGGUCGCCCCCGUUGGAGAGCUGUGCGGGAGUCUAUGACUCGCCACGUACUAGAAGUCCGGCGGGUAGAGGACGCGAUGGUGGUCUCUUUGCGCGCUCGCCACGAGAGGAUCGCGACAGGAUGGGCAACGCCCGGUCGCGUAGUGCGGAUCAAUGCGAUGCGGGACAGGCGGCUGUGGCGGGAGCGGCAACGGGAGCAGGGUCGGGUGGGGGUGAUAGUGCCAGCAGAUCUCACUCCAAAGGUGACAGAUUCUUCGGCAAAAUCUUCAAGUGGUCGAAAAAAUCGUAAAUUCUUUGGGUGGAGGGGACCACGAGGUGGUUCCCUUAGCCCCCAGGGCAGCAUGGCAUCCUAUAACGGUGUGCUAAAGGAUUACAGUCACAACAGUUUGAAUGAGGCUUUCAAAUCCCAAAACAAUGUCAACUUUAAGUUAAUUAAAACAGUAUCCGAUUUCAAUGAAACACUUUCCCAACUCUAUGAGGAACAUGCAACUGCCCUACAAACUUUAGUGUCCAAUUAUCGCAAAAAGAAUGCCGAAUUGCGCAAGGAAAGACCCGCCUGCCAUUUGGCCAUUUUUCAGGCAUGGGAAACAUUCCUACAGGAAGCGGAAACCGAUUCACAGGCCUGCAACGAUGUGGCCAGCGUCCUCUCACGUCAGGUGUCGCGUCCAAUGUUGGAUAAAUCCUUUCAUCGCAAAGUUCAAAGCCGUAAAAUAUUUACACACAGGGAGUCUUUUGAGACUAUUAUCGCAAAGACUGAAGAAAAGCUGUCAAAGUGUCGUCUGGACUACAAGCAAUGCCAUAUGGCCCAUCGGCAGAAUCCCAGCCAGCAUUCGCUUACCGAAUACAUUGAUGCACACAAUGCGUACGUGCAGCAAUUGCAUGCCACCAACGGCAUGCUGGAAGCCUAUCACUGCGACACUUUGCCCCAACUGAUGCAGGAGCUGGAGGAGAUUCACAAUGACCUAACCGGCAUUGUGUCCGAUUCGUUGUUGCAGGGGGCCGAUAUAAUUGCCAGCAAGGCCCAAGACCAAGCGAAGCGCUACUCGAGCCUCACCAAUCAAUGUAAUGGCGUGUCACCGCAACAGGAUCUCACAAAUUUUGUGCGUCUCCUGGCCCAGCCAUCGCAGGCCCAAAAAGUUCCUAGACGUGUGUUUGCACCACCUCAAAGUGAGCCCGGGGAUGAGACGGGCGACUAUAAUGAGAUGACGCCCAGUUUACGGAACGAGCUCGUCUUCGACCGCCACUCAACGUUGUCGCAGCGCUCGGCUCUGGAGUCGCUUAAGCGUGAGGCCAUCGAAUUGGAAUUGCAAAUACGUCAGUUGCAGGAUUCGAUUGAUGCACUGAAUCGCACACAGACCAGAGGCAUUGAGGGGCAAUUGUACAAUAAGGUUAACGAAAUGCAGGAGGAUUUGUCCAUGAAGAAGUUUGAUUUGCGCGCCAAGCAAAUUCAUUUGGCAGCAAUAAAAGCUCAGAAGGAGCUGUUCGUUAGCAAAGUUGAGCCAACCUCGCCGCGCAACGAACGUAAAUUUUCCGCUGCUACAGCGCCAUCGAUGAAAACAAAGUGGCUGAAAGCAUUUAAGAGCCUAAAGCCGGCUGGUUCUGGUUCAGCACAACAAGCAGAUAGCCAACCACCCCGACAAAAUCAAAUGUACCACGCUGUAUCAACCGUUUUGACUUUGAGGCGUAAUGGUGCCUCCAGUACCACAUCGGAGCCGCUGCGUCCCAACUUGGAUGGCAGCCAUCAUCUGCAGGAAUACACGUACAAAAAGAUAACAGCCUGUGAUGUCUGUUCCCAGAUACUGAGAGGCCACACACGUCAGGGUCUACGCUGCCGCAUCUGCAAGCUGAAUGCCCAUGGCGACUGUGCCCCAAACUUGCCCCGCUGCCAGCCGAAGCAGAAGCUGCUGCGUCGCCAGAAGAGCACCUCGGAGCUCGAGAAUCGUGUUGAUAUCGAGGAAGAAACAGUUGCCGACAAAUCCGUCCAGGGCAAGGCAGCGGCAGCGGCAGCAUUGGAUAGCAGCAGCGGCAAUAUCGUUGGCGGAACCGUCCUCACAGUGCCCAUUCUGGGUGAGCGUGCUCCACCUGCCGAUAUACCCAUUGUUGUCAAUGUGCCAGAGUUGGCCCUGCAAGACCAGCACCAACAGCACCAGCAGCAGCAGCAGCAUCAACUACAACAGCAGCAACAACUACAGCAGCAACAACUGCAGCAACAGCAGCAGCAGCAGCAGCAACAACAACAACGGAGCUUGGCUUCAGUGGCUCAGGCGGCGGCUGUCCGGGCCGGACGUGGAGUGCGUCCGCCGCCGGUAGCCAUGCCCAUAUUGGGCGUCCAAUUGCAACAACAGGAGCUGCAGCAGCAACGUGGCGGUCUACCAGUGCCCACACAAGAUAUAUCUAGUAGCUCAGCCCCGCACUCACCGCGCCGUCAGAAACUGAACUUGCGCAUGAAAUCCUUGAGUUUGGACUCACCCGAAUCGUCGGAGCUGCAUGGCCAGUUCAGGCGUCGCCAGCAGUUGCCCACAAUGUCGACGGCAGGCGCCUCCACAUCGACUGCUGGCCCCGGCGCCGGUGGUUACUAUCAUGGCGGCUCGGGAGGCCAUCUGGAGCACAGUACUCCGCCGUCGAACAAUAGCCGUCUGCACUCACCUUCAAGUCCCUCGCAUCCUGGACGGAAACUGCUCUAUGCCACACGUGGCAUGCGGGGUGGCAGCGUCGACUUGCCAGAUGAAAUGGAGAAGUCGCAAUCGUCGGCCAGCACUUCGCCUUGCCUAUCACCAAAAUCGCAUCGUCUCUUGCCCACAAACCUCUAUGUCAUACUCUACAACUUUAAGGCACGACAUGCCGAUGAAUUGGACCUAAAAGCAGGUUACAAGGUGACUGUCAUCGAUACUGCUGAUCCGGACUGGUGGAAGGGCAAGGUUCUAGGACGUGUUGGCUUCUUUCCAUCCAAGUAUUGUGUUCGCCUGAAUGCGAAUGAGAAGCCCUUGCAGGUGACCCACAAUCUCCAGGUGUCGGAUGGCGAGCGCGGAGAAAACAUGACUUUGCUGAGAGACCAAAUUGUCAUACAGACGGGCGAUGAAGUCAAUGGAAUGGUGAUGGUGCGCUCCGCCGACAAUCGUCAGGGCUACUGUCCAAUCAAAUACCUGCAGGAGGUGUGACAGCCAGAAGAGCCAGAAGAGCCUCCCUCCGAUGAGCGGGACAGGCCGCAGAAAUCAUCAAUGCACACGUCGAGAAUGUCGACGGACAAGACCAAGCGUAGGAUUAGAAUUGUAGUUACCGAUAAUAACAAUUUAGCUAGUAGUAGUGUUGCACCUGCACCCAUACCCAUGACCCGCACCCACCAAAUUCCCCGGGAAGCGGAUGCCGAAACGAAGCGUCUCAAUAUUGACUACGGCGACGAUGGAAGCGCCGAUUGGAGCAAGGACAAGGACAUUCUGAUACUCUCCGGCCGACGCAACAAGAACGACAAGAAUUGGGAGAACUGGGAGCGUAUUCGCGAGCAGAAGCUAGAGAAGAUGAAGAACAUCUGCUUCGAGAGCUAUCGUCAGUCAAAGAGAGACAAGCUUUUAAUGGCCAAACCAAGGCCCAAGCAGUUGGACCCCACCUGGUAUACGGACAAUAUCUACUCAAACCGUUCGGAUGACCUGGAAGAGGACUAUGUUCCCGAUUGCCUCAAAUACGGCACCUAUCGAACUCUCCGCGACAUCAAUGAGCAAGAUGAGAAAUUUUCGGAGGAGCGUCGCGGUGAGGGUGAAGGUUCCCCGGGCUAUGGCCUGCAGCGGUCCAAGAGCUGCAAAGAGUUUCAAUAUCCCAAGUCACAGAGUUGGUGUUUUGAGGGUAAUGUCUUUGAGGCCGGGGGAGGCGUGGCCAGUGCCAGUGGUAGCGGUGCCCCCACCACCUCCAUAUUGAAGAACCGAACAGGAGUGCCCAAAUCGUACUCCUUCAGUGCCACCACCAAGACCAUGCCCUUCGACAUCAUAGACUACGACCUUCCACCAUCCUCAAACUCGCGGCGGGAGAAGCGCGAAGCCUACAGGCGCAGCAUGAACAUGAUGUAUAGCAAUAGUCUGGACGAUCGUACUCUGGCCCACAGAUGCUAUGCACGGGAUCAGUGCACGAACGCCAAGUGCCUUCUGGACGACAUCUACCCGGGCUCCAGGUCGAGGGGUCGAGCUGGCAGCAACAGGAAUCUAAAUGCGGCCGACUGGCUGUUUGAAGAGCGGGCAGAGGCGGAUCACCGUCUGAGAAGUGUUCCAACUACGGUUAUCUGUUGUUGCACCGCGGACGACUAUUGCUGCCACCGCCAAUCCCAGCAUCUGGGAGCCCGGCCUAGGUCGCGCCUGCAUUGCCCAGGCCAUCAUCCAGCCGCUGAGGAGGAGGAGCAUAUGCACUGCCGCUACGAGACCGACUUGGAUCACUUCAUAAGGGCGGAGCGCGAGCGCCUUCUACUGCAGGACAAGUUCCUGGACGACGAUGAGCGCUAUCUGGCCGCAGCCGCCCCAGCACAACGCAGUUAUUCCAACUAUCAUCGGCCAGCAAGGAGCAAAUCUUUGCUAGAAAUGCAGCCACCCAGCCGUUUUGACGAGGAUACGUGCUCGGACUCGACGGAAAUCGAUCUGGAAGACUUUAACAUUGACCUGGAGAAAUAUUGGGAGCAGCUGGACAAGCCGCCUAGUCCCAUCAACAUGGACAUGCGACGAAAUAUGCAUAGUAAUCUUAAGGUCAAGAAUGUCAACGUGCGUUGCUAUAACAAUGGACAACCAAUCGAUCUGCACGAUCGUGAGCAUGAACGGCUGAUGAUCAAGAAAUCGCUUUUAGAGGGCAUGCCCUCGCCCCCCCAGAUGGACUCCAGUGGAUCCUCGUGCAACAAUGUUUCUUCUAGUGGGUUUCCUUUUUUUGAUAAUGCUGGCUCAUCCUCCAACCCCCACGUCCAUGCCCAUGCCCACGCCCAUGCUCACUCCCAGCCGCAUCGGCAACUUCCACGUCCGGGCGUGCACACCUAUGGUUAUGGGCAUAAGAUCUAUCCCGCUGCCGACACGUUGCCUUCGUAUCAGUAUAACAAUUUCUACCCGGAACACAGUCAUCCAACUGUGGGUAAUGUGCUCACCCAGCAACCCUCAGCCGGCAUACACCACCCCUCGGCCGGGGGACACUCGGCCCUCAGUCUGAUCAACAACAUCUUCUCCAUCUACAAGCCCAAUAAAUACUCUCCCGAGAACUGCCAGAUGAACUACGAGAGCAAACCCGAGCCGUGUAAGAAGAUGAAUGUCCCCAGCACACGGCGCCCCUUGGGCGCAGCCGCUGCCCCACAUCCGCAUGACUAUAUGCCCUCGUCAAUGAAGCGCCCCCUGUUGGUGAGUGGCGAUCAGCCGCACUUCAAGAUCAUACCCGAGAAGACUGGCCUGAAGAUAUCGCCGUUACUGGCCUACGACGAAUACGGCGGAGGGGACAAGGCCUCCCAUCUCAGGCUGAGCAGCACGGCCAGGCCUUUGAUGCUUCCGCACUGAUGGUGCUGGACCUUCCCUUGGUAUGGUAAUGGUAAUUAUUGUUAGUUAUAAAUGCUCACAGCCACCAAACUGCCGAACUCUCUCUAUCCAAACAAAAUAAAGAAAACAAAACCAAAAGUAUAAUGUAAAACUAAAGACUCCAACUUAAAAACCAAAACGCACAAAUAACUGAGACCAGGCCCAAUCAUCGAACGUGGUAGUGGCAUCUAUGCUUCUCCUCCUACUCCUCCUCCAACCGUUCCUCCUCCUCCUCGUCGUCGUCGUCGUCGUUUACCAUGCAGCAACAUCACGAGCCAUACCAUUGGAAAAACAACAACAACAACAACAACAGCAUAAGAAGAGUGUAUGAAAAUAGUUUAUAGGUUCCGUCAAUCAGGCAAGGCAUCCCUUUUCACUCAGCAACACACACAUGCACACACCCACACCCCAGACACACACACACUCACAUGCCCAAUGUGCUUUUAAUUCGCUUGAGAAUUCGCUAGAGAAACCGCAACAAAACAAAAAUACACUAACUUUUCGAGCAACUUUUAAGCAAUCACGUACUCAAUAUCGAUUUAGAUACAGGUACAUGAAUCUAUAUACAGAUCUAUAUGCAGAUUAGAGUAAUAUUUGGAUUAAGCCGUUCAUAUCGUGUUUCAUCCAGAAAUAUACAUAGUUAUAAUUAUCGUUCAUACAUACAA